GGCCCCGUGGGCGCAAAAUCUAGCAUUUCUUAUACGGUAGCCAUGGCUUAGGUUGGGAGCUCCGCGAAACGAUCGAUCGAUCGAGGCGCGAGAGAGGAUGUUCUCGCUCUUGUAUGGAUUGUGGAAGUAUCUCUUCAGCAAGGCGGAGUUCCACGUUUUGAUCCUCGGCAUUGACAAGGCGGGGAAGACUACAUUGCUGGAGAAGCUUAAGACUAUCUACUCGGAUUUCGAGGGCCUCCCGCCGGAUCGAAUCGUCCCUACUGUCGGCCUCAAUAUCGGCCGUGUGGAAGCUUACAAGUCGAAGCUUAUUUUUUGGGAUCUAGGAGGACAGCUAGGCUUGCGCACGAUCUGGGAGAAAUAUUUCGAAGAAGCUCAUGCGAUUGUUUUCGUCGUGGAUGCUGCAAACCAUGCUCGAUUUGACGACGCAAAGUCUGCUCUUGAGAAAGCUCUGAGGCACAAGGAUUUGCAAGACGCACCAUUGCUCAUUUUUGCCAACAAACAGGACGUACAAGGAGCUGUAACAGCGGACGAACUCACCACAUUCUUGGACUUGAAAGAAAUCGACGAGAGACCUUCGUUUGUGAAAGAAAUCUCCGCUUAUGACGGGACUGGCAUCAGAGACGGGGUAAUGUGGCUUGUUGAAGAGAUGAAGCGAAGCAAGCGUUCAGAGAUGCUUAGGCAGCACUCAGAUAUUAAUGUGGUUGUGUAAAAAUUUUUCUUAUCUGAAAAUAAGUUAUUCGUAUCAGAA